GAGGCGGGCUGCCUGCAGCGGUGUUGUUCACAUGCUGGAGCGGGUAGAGAAGGCAUCUGGGUCCCGGGUGUGUAGACAGGAGCUUUCAGCGGGCCGAGGUGGUGAAGGGGUUUGGGCCUGGGCUCAGGCGGGCGGGGAAGCAUUCACCCAGGGGGUGAGCCGUGCCCGUGCCCAAGGGACGUCCAGGUCCUCCCUGCCUCCUUUCGUAGCGAGUGAAGGAAAAUUAACUUUUAUUCUAAUCCACCCCCAGCCCCGGUCUAAUCCACCCCUUCAUCCCGGGCUGCUGUGCCUUGGGCACUUUCCUGGUCACAGGAAGCUCACAGGAGGCUUUUUCCCUUGUACCCAGAGGGCAUCUUAGCAGAGCUGGAGGCACCUCACCCGUGGCAGUGGCCGCCCAGCUGACACCAUCCCCCCUGCAGCCCCGAACUGGUGCGGGGACCAAGCAAUCCAGGCUGAGGAUCAUUGGGCCCAAAGCCAGACCUGGGCAAGUAGGGAGCGGGGAGCGGAGUGGGGUGGAUCAUGAGUAACCUGUGAUCUUUACAAGAAAUCCGUGGCCAGCCUCUGGCACGGGGUGCGGGGAGGGGCCGCCUCAGACCGAUGGAAUGGGGCUGAGAUCCCUGCAGACACCUCUAGGUCCACGAAAUCAGAGUCAGGGGGUCUUUGUCACGGGCAAGACUUCCACAAAUGGCCCCUGCCCGGUCCACGUGGGGCAACCGACCCCAGUCAGGGGCAGGCCUGCCGCAGCCCCCCACCCCCAGCCUGUCCGGGGCAGCCCCCCUCUCUCCGCCCCUUGGGGCCCAGGGUAGAGCAGCCCGCACCAGUUCCCGCCGCGCUCCGGCAGGGGGCAGUGUGGGAGCGCAGUUCCCGCCGCGCUCCGGCAGGGGGCAGCCCCACUCCCGGUCGCUCCCUCGGCCCCGCCUCCUCCGACUCCCUCCAUCCCGGGGCUCGCAGCCGCCGCCCAGAGCCGAGCGGGCCCCACCCGGCAGCGGGACCCCCCAGCGCCGAGCCGCCGGCUGCCCGCCUGGCCCCGCCUCGUCCUCCGCCGCCGCCCCGCCUCGGCCCCCGUGCUCCGGGUUGCGCCGCCGGCCCCGCCCGCUACGCCAGCUCGGGGAUCGGGAGGAGCCCGCAGGCCGCGUUCCCCGGGACCGAGCCGGGCUGACAGAGGCCGCCCCACCCCCGCCGGGCCCGGCCUGCAGAGUUGUUCCUUGGAGUGUGUGCCUCACCUUCCCCAAUGUGAGUGCAUUGGGUCAACACGGACAAGGGCCUCCUGUUGUCUUCAAGACACUCUUUUGCUUCUGGUUUCCAUUUAGUUUAUCCAAAAAACUUGAGACAGGAUCUCAUGAAAAGCACUCCCUGCUGCUGAUACCUAGAGAGUGGGCUGGAUUCCCCACCCCCAGUUCAGGACCAGCUGCUGGGAAUCAGUAUCUUCUGAAUUGA